AUGGCGGAGAAUUGCUCGGUUCUCGAUACGUGGAUGUACCGCUCCUACUCCUGCAUCUCCGAGGCCGCCAUCGAACGCGAGAACGACGCCCUCACCAAAGCCCUCCAGAUAUCUCUGCUCGCAGAUUCCUCCUCCGCCGCCGCCGCCGCCAUCCCCUCCCCCGAGUCCUUCUCCACCGCCACCUCUUCCCUCGUUUGUCUCCCCACCGCCGUCAGUCAGUGUCACCUCCUGGACCCGCGUGCGGGGAGGGUGGCGAAGAAGCGCAGGUCGCGGGCGUCGAAGCGCUCGCUCACCACCUACAUCGCCGCCGACCCGACCAACUUCCGCGAGCUGGUCCAGCGGGCCACCGGAACUCGGGCUGGCGACUCGGCCGGGGAGCACCAGUAUCCGGCGGCGGCCGUGCAGGGGAGCCGUCUUCUUCCGACGCUCGACACGUCGUCGUUCCUGCGCGACCGGGCCGAUUUAGCCGGGCCGGAUGUAGCCGCUUCGUUCGGGCCGGCGAUGGAUGUCCCGGUUCUUCCUGAGUUCGACCCGUUCUUUGUGGUGUCGAACUAUCCCACGCUCGACUCGUGGGGCGUUAUCUAA